AUGGAUAAAUCAAAGAAAGAAGAAUUUUUUGGAAAAGACCAAAUUCGGUUCUUCGAUAGAGAGAAUGAAAGUGAACCAAAUCCAGAAGUUUUAACUACUGAGUUCUUUACUCCAAGGGAAAACCAAACGGAGGAGUUAACCCAAACGGAGGAGUUAACCGAAAAGAUCAAUACCAUCAUCGAGGAGAUAAACCAAACUGAGGAGAUGACCCAGAAGCUCGAUUCAGCUGUUGAUGGUGAUGAUGAGAACCUUCCUCAGGAAGGUGAUGAUGAAGAGAACCUUCCUCAGGAAGGUGAUGAUGAAGUAAACCUUCCUCAAGAAGGUGAUGAUGAAGAAGGCAUUCCUCAAAUGCACAUCCGGAGGAUCGAACACGAGACAUGGUGA